GCGGAAGCGACUUGGGCUACGCGGACACCAGCGCCCCGGAGCCCGCGAGGAGCGGUUUGGCCCCGGGCAGGAGGCACAGCAGAGCAACCGGGCAGCCCGCGGGACUGACACUCACCGGGCCUCUCAACCCCCAGACUUUGGAACUGCAGCUGGAGCAGGAGCAGCAGCAGGAGGAAGAAGAGGAAGCUGGGGAGCGAAAAGAGGGAGGGGAUGAACAGCAGGAGGCGUCCCCCGGUGAGGAGCUGGAGCCCAGGACCCACGCCUGGGCCCCCGAAGGACUGGUUCUGGACGUGCUGGGUCAGCGGCGCCCGCCCCCCUCCAAGAGACAAGUCUUCUGCUCCGUCUACUGCGUGGAGAGCGACCUGCCAGAGGUCGCCACCGAGGAGCCGCUGUCGCCGCCCGCGUCGCCGCCAGUGCCGAACCCUCCCACCACCCCCGCCUCCUUCCCCAGCCCCCGGCUGUCGCUCGGGACGGAGCCCCUCUCCCCCGACGGCGGCAGCAUCGAGCUGGAGUUCUACCUGGCCCCGGAGCCAUUCUCCGUGCCCAGCCUGUUGGGAGCUCCACCCUACUCUGGCUUGGGCGGGGUAGGGGAUCCCUUUGCGCCCCUCAUGGUGCUGAUGUGCCGGGUGUGCCUGGAAGACAAGCCCAUCAAACCCUUGCCUUGCUGCAAGAAGGCCGUAUGCGAGGAUUGCCUCAAAGUCUACCUGAGCUCCCAGGUACAACUUGGCCAAGUAGAAAUCAAAUGCCCUAUCACAGAGUGUUUUGAAUUUCUGGAGGAAACAACUGUUGUCUAUAACUUAACACAUGAAGACUCCAUAAAGUAUAAGUACUUCCUGGAACUUGGCCGUAUUGAUUCCAGCACCAAGCCAUGUCCACAGUGCAAGCACUUUACAACCUUUAAGAAAAAAGGACAUAUUCCCACCCCUUCCAGAUCAGAAAGCAAAUACAAAAUCCAGUGCCCCACUUGCCAAUUCGUCUGGUGUUUUAAGUGCCACUCUCCUUGGCAUGAAGGUGUUAACUGCAAAGAGUACAAGAAAGGAGAUAAACUAUUGCGUCACUGGGCCAGCGAAAUUGAGCAUGGGCAGAGGAAUGCCCAGAAGUGUCCAAAGUGCAAGAUCCACAUCCAGAGAACUGAAGGAUGUGACCAUAUGACCUGUUCACAAUGUAACACUAAUUUUUGUUACCGAUGUGGGGAGAGAUACCGCCAGCUCCGCUUCUUUGGAGACCACACAUCAAACCUCAGUAUCUUUGGAUGCAAAUACCGCUACCUCCCAGAGAGACCUCAUUUAAGGAGAUUAGUGCGAGGGUCGGUCUGUGCUGGAAAAUUAUUCAUUGCACCUCUAAUCCUGGUCUUGGGAUUAGCACUAGGGGCCAUAGCAGUUGUAAUCGGUUUAUUUGUAUUUCCUAUCUAUUGCCUUUGUAAAAAGCAGAGAAAACGAUCACGGACAGGUAUGCACUGGUAAACUGCAGAUGACUCCAUCUAACUAAGCUGUCUGAGCAGGCACUGUACAGAAUGAUAUACUCGCCUGUGAGUCACAUCUUGAAAAUUACUGAGAGGAACCUCUGCCAUCUCGUUUCCCCGUGGCUCUCUGUAGGCCACAAUGCCUCUAGCUACGGUGCACUCCCAACAUGGUAUCCUGUUCCCUCCCUAAACAAAUUGCUGCUUUUAAAAAACGGUCACUUUCAUAAACUGUAGACAUCUGAUCUUCCUGGUUCUUGGAAGAAAAUAUUUUAAAUAAGAACCAGUUGUCCUCAGAAUUGUUCUGAGCACACCUCUUCUGAGCAUUGCUUGGACUGUUUUUGAACCCCGAACCUCCCUCCAGGCCAUCUCUGAGACCUGGUGUGAAUAGCUGAAGUCAUGUACCAACAAGCAAGGCCACUUUGCAGAAGAUACACCAAAUGUACUUGUUUUCAUCUGUGAUCCAAGCACCAUGAUUCCUUUAUCCUUCAGAUGCUAUAAUUGCUAAAAAUCUCAGUGCCCAAAGGGAACUAAUGAAACUAAAUUAAUGAGAGAAUUAUGAGUUACUGGAGUAUAUAUGUGUAGGGGUGUGAAUGUGUGUGUACAUAAAUAUAGAUUAAGAUAGCAGGUCUGAUAACCUUGUACUUUCCUAGUUCCAUGCCUCUAUACUAUUAUUCCACAAUUUCACAGGCCUAUUUAAAGAUGAUGGUUCCUUUGUGGGCAAAAUUUGGUAAUGUAUUGAAUUAAAGUCAAUGUAGACAACAGGCUAUUUUGAUGUUGACCUUUUGUAUUUCUUGCUCUUUCUUUUUGUCACAAAUACAUACACACACACACACACACACACACACACACACACAUAAAUUUGUGCAAUGUCACCCCAAGGAGUAUCAAGCUUUGUGAACUGACAAAAUGGAUAGGCUGUUUAGGACAUUUUCAAGUCCCAAAUAUUCAGUCUCUUCAGAUUUCUUGUAUGUUGGCAUAUAUGCUUCAGUCUAUGGAUAAAUCCUAUAUGUGGGAUUAUUUCAUCCAAAGAAUAGGCAUGCUUAGACAAAAUUGCUUUAGCCUUUAAACAAAUCCUUAUUCCGUUGAUUUUUAAACCAAUUUAUAAUUGUAGAUAAUUCUGUUUUAAGUUGAGGCUUUACAUUAAAUACACCACUCUUCCCUUUCAUGUCUUUUCUUAUUUGUCCACAAAUUCAUAUAAGCAAAUAUCUAAUUUUGAAGAAUUUUUCUUAUGUUUACUGCUCAAAUGCAUAAUAUUGUUGAUAUCUUAUGGAGGAGUAAUUUGAUAAUUCUUUUUGUUCAUGGGUUUCUCUGAGAUGUAAACUGCUUUUGGGAAAAGGAAACACAUACAUACAAAAAAAAUGAAGGUAAUGUUUUCAGGAAUUUUUUUCUGAACAGAGACGUCUUUAAAAAGAAGAGGAGGACAAGUCACUAAACUAUGAUAUUCCUUUAUUUUUAUCACAAAGUUCAUCAGCAGAAAGGAAGACCCUUAAGCAUAUUGUGUCUAUUAUUUUGAAAUUCUUAAAAUUAACUAUAUGCCAUACAUGUAGCAUUUAUUUGUCAGCAAUCUUGUCUGACUUGAAACCACUUACAUGGUAAAACAUGUAAGAUAGUUUGUCUUUGUUGGGCUCCAGAGUGUAAGAACAUUUUAUUUUUCACCUAAGAAAGUCACAAGAGUGAAGUUUUGCAUGGGUAACAGCCAGAGUGCUUUCAUUCUUUCCGAAUAACACAGAAUAGCUAUACUGCAGCUUCUAGACUAGUUGGUUUCCAGUUCAAGGAGCUUGUUAUAUUUAUGGUUCUAGAAUGGCAUAUUUCUAAAGCAUAACAUGAUAUAAGAAAAAGUGAUACUCUAGUUUCACAAAUUAAUACUAGUUUAUUCACCUAUUAAUCUGAAAAGUAUUUAUUGAGUACCUGUUUUAGGUGCUCUAGUAAGGAAACUAAAAGAAUAAGAACGUCUAGCCUAAAUACAUUUCUGUAAUACAUGUGCUUAAUUUUGAUAAAUUCAUUUUUCCUAGACUUGGGUGUUAGUUCAGCAAUAUGUGAAUAUGACAAAUUCUAAAGCUAGCAAAUCUUUAUAAGAAUGAUAUAUACAUAUGUCAUGUUUUAUAAUUCCAUAACUGCCUAUGAAUACAUAUGCCAUACACAUAUAUGCGAACUGGUUGAACAAUGUGCUCUCUGGUCUUAGAUAAUCUAUUUUCUUAGGUUAUUGAUAUGUUGUCUUUGGCCUACUCAGGGAUUUUUAUUCCGUUCUUUAAAUGAUUUAUCUUUUGGGAGUAUUUUUAUAUUAUUUGGAAAAUCUUCCAAUAUUCCAGUUACAAAGUGGUAUCUGUUACCAGUAAAGGCUAUUUAAUCAAUGCUUUAGAUAGCAUAUAUUAUGUUGCAUAGGGUUUCAUUUUUAUAUUGCAUAGAUUUUUUUUAAUGUGUACAUUUUUCUCGUUAAAAGUUGAUAUGUAUUAGGCCUUUCCUUGCUGGUAACUUAAAGUAAUCAUUUGUGAAUUUUUUUACUAAGUUUCAUCCACAUCUUAUAAAGAGAGAAGAAAAUAAAAAGAAUUAUUUAUAUGUGAGUGCCAACUUUGAAGUUAAAACAGUAGUAGUAACUUUUGGGAUAAAUUCUAAAAUGUACUUUAGAAAAGUAAGGGUGCAUAUAAAAUGAAUAUUUUCUAUCCAAGGUUUGUCAUUUUUGUAUGUUUUUAUUGUAAAUUUAAUAUAUACUCCUUUAAAAAUCAAACUAUAAAGCAUUAUAAAAUACAAAUUCCUCUGCUUACUUCACCCCUUAUUUUCUAGGGGUAACCACUAUUAAUGGUAUGGUAUGUGUCCUUCUAGACACUUUCUACAUAUAUACAAAUAAGUGUGUGUGUCUGUGUGUGUAUUAGUUUUAUAUAGAUAGAAUAAUACUAUUGUGCUGUGAUUCCUUUUCAUUGUGUUAUAUAUCUAUAUAUUGGUAGAUAUGUUUCCAUAAGAGUUAAAGUAGAUUUACCUCAUUCUUUUGUAAAGUACUCAUAGUUCAUUGUAGGGGUAUACCUUAAUUUUUUUAAUUAGUCCCCAGUUGAAUGGACAUCAAGAUCAUAUUCAAUUGUCUAGUACAAACCAUCAAUGAAGGCUCCUUUUGUCACUUUGUGUAAACAUUUCCAUAAGGUUUUAAAUUUGAAUUUUAGAAGAUAUUUCAAACAAAAUUUGUAAUACAUUUUUAGAAGAUGAGAGUAUGGAAGUAAUAUAGUUGAGACCUUUUAUUUGGAGAAAAAGAAAGAUUGUGCAGGCGUGCAUAAUUUAAAAAAUAAAUGAAAUCUGAAACAUAAUUUUCUCCCUGCUUAAUUAGACAGAUAAGUGCAUCACCAGAACUUAUAAAAGAAUAUUAAUCUUUUCCAGUAAAAAUAAAAUAUGAUAUAUAUCAGAAAAUGUGACAGAUGAACUGAUUUUUGGAUUGCCUAGUUUUUAAAACUCAAGGAAUUGAAAUGAUACUCAAGCCCAGUUAAUAAUAUUUGUCAAGUUUUUUUUUUUUUUUUUAAAUCCCUCUCUGUGUCCAUGCAUGCUGCUCCACAGAGGAACUUAAUUACGCUGUUGUAAAAAGUACGAAGCAAUAUGUUGGCAAUUAAAAAUGCCAACAAUAAAUAAUCCAUGGAAAAACAAAUCAGAUUAUGUAGUUUGGUGGGAUGAUUAUAAAUUAUGGGAUAAUAUGAAAUACUCGUUGUACAGUGAAUCCUAACUGUUCUCUAGUCCUUUCUGUAUGUAGAGUAAGAAGAGGAGAGAAGUGAAAGCUUUCAGUACAAGCAGCAUCCUGUUGCCAACAACCUUGAUUUUCUGUCAGGUGCUAUUCUAUACUUGGAGUAGAACAGACCGAGAACAAUCAAAGAUAAUUAAACCUCAGCCAGUCAGGUUACAACAUGCUCUCUCUCUCUCUUCUGUAGUGUGGUAUCAGGGUUCAGUGGUGCCUGUCAGGGAAUUCCUUGCUCUGUGACAGUUGCCAUCCUGGCAUUUGUUUUCAGUCCACCCACCAGACACUAUGACCCAGUGCUCCUCUAAAAUGCCUACAGACCACAGUACACUUUUGCAGUCUCUGGUGUCCAUCCCCAAACUCAUUUUUUCCCACACCUCUACUAUUCUAACUAGUCCUCUUUAAGAAAAGAGGAGAAACGGGAAGGGAUUAAAAAUCUCCCUGUGGUUAUGUGUGUGCAAAACAUCAACAUUCCUUCCUGACUUUUGUCAGAUUAGAGUAUCUGCCAAGUUACCAAUUCAUUGUUUCCCUUGUGCAAUGCAGUUGUUCUUAACGUUAGAUUUCUAGGCUGCCUGUUAAACUUGUAAUUAUUAAAAAUUUCGUGACCUAAAUGGCACUAAUUUGCUUAUUUUUUAAGUACAAAAAUAAGAAAAUUCAUGCCCAAAGCCGUUUUCAAUUUUAAUUUUAUAAACAAACUGCUCAAUGCCUUAACGUGAGUCAUCACAUUGGAUUAUAUGCUCAUCCUGCCAUAUUUGAGGCUGAAAUCUAUUCCAGCUAUCGAAAGUAAUUUUCCUAUGGUCACCUUUAUUGUUUUGUGUUAAUAUAUAUGUUAUAAAUAUAGCCUUAAAAUUCCUUGAUGCACUUUAAAAUACUUGUGCCAUUUAAGUAUGUAAUCUAACAAUAAAACAAAAGCAACUGAUAUAUGUUUUAUUAUUGAGACAGUAUAAUAACACUGUUACCAAAUAAGUGUCAUCUUAUAAUAAUAAGCUAAAACUUUGAAAAAAGUAAAACAUUUUUUGAAAAAUAAAAUCAGUUACUGAAAUGAUCAUAAACCCGGAGAUUGGUUAAUCUGGAAAUUGACAAAGAUAGCAAAUACUUGAUAAAUGUUACGUAAUCGCCUAUUUGGAAUGUUUGUUUAAAAUAUUAAGUUAAUUUCUACUGAAGGUUUAACUGUACUUUCAUAGUUUGUGAAUUCUACAGAAGAAGUUUCUCUUACUAGACAUAUGGUAAGUCAAAACUAUCACCCAUCACCUUCUGAGCAUAUUUUUGUUUUUUAAAAUUAUUAUAAUUUUAUUAUGACAUUGUCUUUCUAAUAUGGAAAAAUCAGUUCCAAAAUAACAUUAUAAUAUGUAUACCCACAAUUAUUACUUUGAUAAAAUCUAAAUGUUUUUAUAGAGGCAUUAAAGUAUGAUCUACACAAAAUCAUAGUUCCAAAAUUUGGGGAGUAUUUAAGAUUGUGAAAUGUAACCAUUGUGGGUGCAAACCUAUGAUAUGAACCUUUAAGAGCCAAAUGUAGUUAAGAUUUCUCUGUACUUCUCAUUUUGAGAUAAACGUAAUACUCAUUUCAUAGCCAUGUAUUAUGUGAAAUUUCGAAUGUACGUCACUUCUGUGAGGCUGGAACUUCAGUUGACUUUAUACAAAUCCAAGAAACAGAGUCCCACUGGUGUGAGACUUGUAAUUGUCUAAUUAGUCAUUAGCUGGAGCCUUAAUAUAUUACAUAUCUUAUAGAUCCUAUGCAUAUCGCAAAUUUUAGAAAUGUGUAGUCAUGCAUAUUACAACCUAUACUCCUUUUAUCCCUAAAGAAGUGACUGUUUUGAAAAUAACACUAGGGACUUAUAAGGCAAUAAAUUAUUUUUUUUUAAAUGCAUAAAACAUCACUGCCUUUUUUUUGGUGGGGGGGCCACUUCUUUUUGCCUUCCAGAAGAAACCUCAUUAAGUAUAUUGAGUCCAUCAUUUAGAUUCUGCACACUUAUCAACAUAGAAAACACACUUUCUUUCAUUUCUGUGACACAUUUUUGUCACUUUGUUUCAUUAUUCAUAUUAAACUACUUCCCCUCAGGCUCGUGAAGUGAUACCCAUAUACCAAGUUUCUGUUUUCUCUCAGAUUUCCUGAAUGUCUUGCUUUUUGCCUCUAUGGUCCUUAGCCAUCUUGACCAAGUAUGGAAUACAUUCUGUCUCACCAUGAACUUCUUUCACUCUGAUGAUGAAAUUCAACACGGCAAAGACUCCAAAAUUUAGCGAUGGGAGUGAGCAUAAUUUACCUUGGUUUAUCUGUCAAUUAAAAUGUAUCAGGUUCCUGGAAAACUUUUCCUCUUUCUUGGUAGGAGUUGGAGAACCUUGCCUAGCCCUCUGCUAAGAAGUAUAUCUGAAGGAUGAAAAGAUGUCGGAUGGGUAAGGGGGUGUAGUACUGCUCUAAAACCAAGCUUCAAAAAUGGCUUUGUGAAUAUCAUUAGAUCAAUAUUGUGUUUACCUAUUAGUUAAACAGAAAGUGUGUGUGGACAUGUCAUCUAACCGGAUCAGAAGGCAUUUAUCCUCCCUCCAAAAUAACUUAUGGUUUAUGGACUUUGGGCACAAAGUCCCAAGCUUGGACUUGGAGUGGAUUUAUAAAGAGUUGCAUUUGUAUAUAAGAUUAAAAUGUGGAUACAUACUCUGUGAACAUUACUAGAUUUUUUUAAUCUGUAAAGUGGAUCUCUAUGAAUAUAACUGAUAUUAGUCCUAUUCUAGAGAAACUAUGUUCAACUUUUCAUUAAUAUGAUUUAGAUAUGAACCACACUCAAGAUAUUUAGUGUAGUUUGGUGCAUGACACAGAAAGUUAAAGGAAGAGCCAAAGUUGGAUGCAAAAGGUCUCCAGACAUUGCUAGAUGGGUGUCAUUUCCCCUUUUUCCUGUGGUGGCAAACUGCCAUCAGUCAUUGGUUUCCUGCAAAUUUGUGAGGUGUUCAUCUCAUGCUCCAGCUGGGGAGAUAUUCUCAAUAAUCCAGUCAAAUUCUUAAAAAUAACAUUUUUCAUUAUGAUCCAAAUAUAUUUUUGUUGAUUCUUUCAAGCAGAUAGUAUCUAAAUAUUUUAUGUAAGUGUCUAAAUGUUUUCAUUCUAUGAAAAAUGAACAAACUUUGUUUCUUUAUAAAGAAAAUUC